AACGGGCGAUUUGGAGACGGAAGUAUCAUGCCAGUGAAGUGCUGCGACGAUUGGAGGAAUUGUCACGAGGCACCGCUGUCGCUAUCGAUAUCCGCUCGAGUGAUCACAUUCAUAUCGACCUGCAUUGUGCUGUUGUUCCUGAGGGAGAAGGAGAAGAAAAAAGGAAUAGUCGAUGAUGCCAAUGACACUGUGUUGCCGCGAAUCGUACGAACAAGAAAUAUAACCUCUUCGACGCCAGUAAGAUGCGCCAGCUCUCGUCGAUCCAGUCGAAGACGCCGCUAUUCCAAGAGACCUGAUCCCCUGCCUGGAUUCCGCGUGCCACGCACAUUCUACGAAUAACGUUCUCGCGAUCCUCGUCAGCUGUUCAUCAUGAAAGUGAUCGUGAAGAAGCUGCAAGGGAAAGAGUGCGUCGUUGAUAUAUUACCAUCAGAGACAGUGUUGGAAUUGAAGCACAAAGUGAGUGAUCUCUUGGGCAUCGAUGUACCACAGCAAAGAUUGUUACUUACUGGCAAGACUUUAGCGGAUGAAAAUCCUCUAAGUUUUUAUCCGGGAAUCAAAGAUGGCAGUAAAUUAAAUCUCUUGGUAAUCAAGAAAGCAGAAGAAGGCUCCAGUGAGGCGAGAUCCUCACUUCAGCAAAAAACGGGCAUUCAUUUGUUAAGAGAAGAGGUUUCUCGAGUGCUUAGGCAUUACUACACGGUAUCCGAGACAGAGUCCAUAAUCAAUGAGUUGAUAAAGGACUUGAAAAACAAAGUGAAUAAUCUUAGUUAUGAUGAUCUAGAGAGACUAGCCACUGCGUUACUUCAGGACCAAGAAAACAUAGCUUAAGAUUCACUUAAGAGUCCAAUUUUCGCUUAUCAAUCGAUUAUUGUAAUACGAGUUUAC